UUUUAGUAAGACGCCGGCGAGUUUAGAACGCCGGUCACCAUGCAUAGUAGUUUUUCGGAAAUAUGAAUGAACACCAUCUAGUUAUUAUAUUCAACUUUGGAAAAUAGGUUAAUUUGUAACUUUCUCUUUGUCUUCCUCUUAUUUUCAUUGUUUUUGAAUUAUUUAGUUUGCGUGAAGGGCCAGUUGUUACGUAUUCAAUUUGCCUCUAUUGCUGGUUAUAUAAUAUGGCAAUCUCGCAUAACAAAAACACCAAAAUGUCUCACGUGAAUAUGAUGACCGAUACCAUUGUUGCCAAUCUCCCACCGGACGCUCUACGUUCUAUUAUACGAUCUCUACUAGUCUCGCAGCCCGACUUUACGACGGUGUUUGAAGAGUCGACAAAAAGUUACUUGCAGUCCCAAAUAUUCAAACCAGGCAGGCUAGCCGACGACGAAGGCAGGUUGUCAAGGGAAAAUAUCCACAAUAUGCAAAAGCGAAUUCGCUGCAUGCUGGGUUGUGGCCUAUGCUAUCAGAGCCUGCCCUUACUCGGAUCUAUCGUGAAGCAGGCCACUCAGUUUCUGACUCGUGAUAAUGAAAACACAAUGUUUGUACAGUCCGUUGAUGCAGAUAUUGUUCAAGCAGCGACUGCGGUACAAAAAGCUAUUACUAUGAUGGAUGGCGGACAGCUGUCGGUAGAUAACGUUGAAUUACUUCAAACCUUCUACGACAACCUGGUAGCUUGUCUGGAAGAAUCUAUUUUGCAGGGUGCAGAAUUUCCGUUUGAAAGAGGUUUAACGGCCGUUGCCGAUUUACUCGGGUACUCUGCACCGAAUUCCAUAACCAAAGGCUUCAACAUAGACCUUGAUACCAAACAAGCACUUAUUCCCCCAACCCCCACUGAGACCUUCCAGCUUGGAAACAGACAAUUGCCUCGCAUAUUUUCGGGGCUGUGGCAGCUCUCGAGUCCAGCAUGGGGUUCGGCGCCGGCGUCGAAAAUUAUUCAGCAGUUUGCUCGUCAUGUACGUAGCGGCUUUACUGCUUUCGACAUGGCUGACCACUAUGGAGAUGCGGAGAUAAUAUUCGGACGGUUCCGAUCCUCGUAUACCCACGCAGACUCUAUCUUCGCGGCGACGAAAUACUGCGUAUUUCAACCGAUGACCGUCUCGCGCGAGGCCAUCCGAGCAAACGUUGCUGAGCGAUGCCAAAGGCUACAUGUCGAUAAAAUCGAUUUGCUGCAGUUUCACUGGCAGUUUUACGAUGAUAUACAAUACAUCAAGGCCCUCAAAUAUUUACAAGAGGACGACCGUGUGGGAAUGCUGGGUUUGUGUAAUUUCGAUACAGAGCAUAUGCAGCGUGUGCUUGAGAGUGGGAUCACUGUGCAUUCAAACCAGGUACAAUUCUCUCUAAUCGAUUCGCGACCGCUGGUCAAAAUGAGUCAGCUGUGUGCGAAAUAUAACGUCAAGCUGCUUACAUAUGGAACGCUGUGUGGCGGUUUUCUGGCUGAAGAAUGGGUCGGAAAGGCAGAGCCUGGUCUAUACGAUAGUGAUAUCACACCGAGCCAGAGAAAGUACUUUUCCAUGAUUCAGAGUUGGGGUAGCUGGUCUCUCUUUCAGGAGUUGCUGCAAGCUUUGAAAUCCAUAGGCUCCAAACAUCGUGUGUCGAUUUCCAAUAUUGCAACACGCUGGGUGCUUGAUUAUGACUGCGUUGGCGCAGUUAUUGUUGGUACCAGAAUGGGCGUUAGUGAGCACGUAGAUGAGAAUGCAGCUAGUUUCGGCUGGUCGCUAGAUGGGGAGGAUCAACACUUUAUUGAGGAUAUACUACAAAGAAGCCACAGAGCCGAGAUGUUUGAGUCAAUGGGAGAUUGUGGAGGAGAGUACCGCUAGAAUAAACAAGUUGAACAUAUACAUUGAUAUGUGUGUAAAUAUUUUACUUAGGGGGGUUUACCGCCGACUGCAGUAUUGCAGAUUAAGGUUAUCUGAUGGAUACUUGGAUGAGCAAUGCUACGAUUUUAAACUUGUGGGAGACAUGGAAUCAACUAGGAAAAAGUCAACAUCGUACUAUCGCACUUUUAUUCAAAUUUAAUCAGCC